CCUAUAUAAAUUGCCUCUGCCCGACGAUCUUCACCACUCUUAAAAUAUUAAAAAUAUAUUAAAUAAUCUCUCUCGCGUCGCGUUGUUCUGAGGCAGCCCCUCUGCGCGUUCUUCACCGUUUCGCCAGAUCCGUCCUACUCUGGGAUCUAAAGCACGAACGAGAAAUGGGGCUGACAUUCACAAAGCUUUUUAGCCGGCUUUUUGCCAAGAAGGAGAUGCGCAUUCUGAUGGUUGGUCUUGAUGCUGCUGGUAAGACCACCAUCCUGUACAAGCUCAAGCUUGGAGAGAUUGUCACCACAAUCCCUACAAUUGGUUUCAAUGUGGAGACUGUUGAGUACAAGAACAUUAGCUUCACAGUCUGGGAUGUCGGGGGUCAGGACAAGAUCCGCCCACUGUGGAGGCAUUACUUCCAAAACACUCAGGGCCUCAUCUUUGUUGUGGAUAGCAAUGAUAGGGACCGUAUUGUGGAGGCGAGAGAUGAAUUGCAUAGGAUGUUGAAUGAGGAUGAGCUGAGAGAGGCAGUAUUACUUGUAUUUGCGAACAAGCAAGAUCUCCCUAAUGCAAUGAAUGCUGCUGAAAUUACCGACAAGCUGGGACUGCACUCACUCAGGCAGCGCCACUGGUACAUCCAGAGCACCUGUGCUACCUCUGGGGAGGGGCUGUACGAGGGGCUUGAUUGGCUCUCUAACAACAUUGCUAACAAGGCAUAAAUGUUGGGAGUUAGUGAAGCGUCGGGUGCUACAGAGAAUUCCUUCCAUCUAGCUUUGUAUUAGACGAAACAUACUGUGACUGUGACAGCGACUGCAACAGUGACAGUCAGUGUCUUCUCGCUACUUUUCAUUAAUGUGUUUUUGGUUAUGGUUAUGGUUAUGGUUUAGGAUACCCUUUUUCAAAGUGCUCUGGCGGGCUUGGCUUGUUUCAUAUAUUUGCAAACAUAUGCUUUAAUGGAAUGGAAUGGAAUGGAUUGGAAUGCAA